AUGGAUCCAUCAAAAAAAAGAACGGAGGCUUUAUAUGCGGUGACUGCCAUGAUCAUCAAGCUCGGACUAUCGGAGAGAAAAAGAAGAGAAUUGUAUCGAAUUGUGGAUACUCUUCGAAUGCAUCAGGACAUCAUGCCUAAAAAUCUUCAGUGUUCGGAAGUGGAAAAUAAAGCAAAGAAUCUGUCAAAAGUCGACUACGAGAAAUACGAUGUUUGCACAAACUGUAGUUCAUACUUUGGUGGAAGAAAAUGCAAUAAUCCCGGAUGUUUUGAACAGAUUCAAAAAAAGAACGGGCGCAAAUUGUACCUUUAUGAUUCUGUAUCGCAGCUCAGUGAAAUCGUUGAGGUGUUCGGGGUUCCAGAAAUGCCGAAAGAUGAAGUACCUCCACCGUGUGCGCCUCGACUUCCCCAGGCCGCGUCUCGUGGCACGAGUACGCCGCGUCCGUGCGGGCUCUCUCAAAUCCGAAUCAACGAAUGUUCUCGAGACGCGCUCACAGCGGUACGGAACCUUCGAUCUCGGGACAAGGGAUAUCGCUACUUUUAA